AUGUACCUCGAUAAACUGGCCAUAUUGUACAUGCUCGAUAAUUUUUUUAAGAGGUGUUUAGCCUUAAGCAUUUUCUGUUAGUGUAGUGGUGUCUUUAAGAUUACACUUGCUGAGUUUUCCGGUAUCAAGACUGCUGGCCACAACAAACGAAAAGUUUUACCAUAUAAUUGGCAACGACGAUGAAGAAAAUGAUCCAUUCGGGGAGAUCGAUACUGAAUUUUUCGAGAUAUUGUAUGAGUUUCGCUGGAAUUUGGCAGUACACGCUGCCGACUCGGAACGUUAUAUUGCAAAAAACAUACGCGAUGUAUAUGGUAUUAAUAAAAGCGUACUUUCCAAUGUUUACGAUUUCGAUAAACGUACAGUUCUUUCUCACCGUGGUUAACAAGAACGCAUCGGAGAAGACAGAAGAUGAAGUUUACAGAGAUUUGUCUUAUGUCGUCAUUUACAGCAUCCUGCUGGUGCAGUUUGUAGUGAUAUUUGGUCGUAAAACGAGAUCUAACUACAUGGUGUCCUUUAUCACCAAAGAAGAAACGGAUAUAUUAGCAUCGGAAGACACUCAGAUCGUGGAUUACCACCUUAGACAGAUCCGACUUUGCAGAGGUUGCAAUUGGGGUCUGUUUAUGUUUUCCUGCGGAACCGCCUCUGCAAUGGCUUUGGAAAUGUUUCUCGCUCGAGAUCAAGUAGGAAAAUUCAACCGCGAGUUUAAUGCGACGAAAGAAAAACCCUUGGUGUUCGAUUCGUAUUUCUACAAAUUGGAUAUGGAAAAGUACGCUUCUUGUUUGUUGGUGUGCAGCGUAAUAUCGCUCGUCAUCAACGUGUUCAUCAUAGUGUCGAUAAAGACGUUCUUUUUCUCGUGCAUUAUCUUCGUGCCGUCGAUUUUGAACAAACUGCAAGUCAGGUUCGUAAAAAUUAUGAACUCUGGAGACGACCUGUGGAAUGCCGUGGGAGAAAUUGUUAUGGAGCACAAGCGCAUUAUAUCGUUUGUGGAAAAUUUUAACGAAUCGAUAAAAUACCUGACCUUACUUGAAUAUCUUCUCAAUUCACUGAAUGUGGCUGCAGUUUCAAUUCAGUUUAUUAAGAACGAAGGUGAAGUGGCAGCGUCUCCAAUAUUCCAUUUUCUUUUCCUAAUUUUUCAAACUUUUGUUUUGGGAUGGAGCGCAAAUGAGAUUAAAGUACAAAGUUUGAAAUUAGCUGACGCCCUUUAUCACAGCGCGUGGUAUGAACAAAAUGAGAAAAUUAAGAAGUCGAUUCUGCUAAUGAUAAUUCGAGCCCAAAAGCCUCUCGUCUUGACCAUUGGCCCGUUUGAUGCGAUGACCACCAAUUCUGCUUUGAGGAUAAUGAAAGCUAGUUAUUCGUAUGUAUCAUUGAUGAUGAACAACUUAUGAAAAGUUCAGACAUUCUGUAACACAAAUUUUAUAUUUCAAAUCACAGCUAUGACAUUAAAGGUUUA